GCAAGUGUACCUUCACGCUAUGUUGCGAGAUGCUCAUGGACGCAAGAUGAGCAAAUCCUUAGGCAAUGUUAUUGAUCCAGUUGACGUCAUCCUUGGCAUUACACUUAAGGAACUCAAUAGCAAACUUGAGGAGAACAGCAACCUGGACCCACGUGAAAUUGAUAAAGCCAAGGAGGGGCAGAAGCGAGACUACCCUCAAGGAAUCCCUGAGUGUGGCACUGAUGCCCUUCGUUUUGCUCUUUGUGCCUACACAGCUCAAGGUCGUGAUAUCAACCUGGAUGUUCUACGUGUCAAUGGUUAUAGGAAUUUCUGCAACAAACUGUGGAAUGCCACCAAAUUUGCACUGAUGAACCUUGGCAAAGAUUUCAAGCCACAUGAAUCUUUGAAGACCUUACAAGAGAUGGUCAGAUCAAGAAGCAGCAAUAGCCCGGCUAAUUCCAGCCACGCCACAACUGGUCCGUCCAACAACAAUCAGUGUAGUGAUAAUAACUUUCCAAACUUAGUGGAAUUGAACAAUACAUUAGAACAGUACAGUUAUAUUGAAGGGUACAGGCCGACACAAGCUGACCUUCACGUGCUCGAAAGAUUAGGAAAAACGUGUGGCUCUCUGUCACAGUACCCACAUCUCUUGCGCUGGUAUUGCCACAUGUCCAGUUUUUCUCAAGAGGAGAGGAAGUCCCUCCCUAAAGCAGGACACAGUCAUGUAUCUUCUUCCAUAGUUAGUCAUAGGGAGGGCAACAGCUUAAGCAUGGUGGACAGGUGGAUGCUACACCAGCUUUCAGUAGCUGUGAAAGAGUGUAAUGCUGCCUUCAAGGAGUUCAACUUCCCACGAGCAACCACAGCCCUCUACAACCUUUGGUGGUACCAGCUGUGUGAUGUGUACUUGGAGUGCCUGAAGCCAGUCAUGUACUCUGACAACGAGGAUGCAAAGAACUUAAGCCGUAAUGUUUUAUACACAGCUUUGCAUGUUGGAUUGACUCUGAUUUCUCCAUUCAUGCCAUUCUUGUCUGAGGAACUGUUCCAGCGGCUCCCACCACGCACAGCAAAUCAGCCACCAUCAAUCUGUGUCACGUCUUAUCCAGAAUCUGAGGAGUAUGACAUCUUCUUUGAUGAAAAAGUAGAUGAGAAGUUCAAGUUCGGCCAAAAGGUUAUUGGUGAAGUGAGAUCAGCCAAGGCCAAGUAUGACAUUCCCAACAAAACGAGGAUUGAAUUGACUCUGCAGUCAGAUAAUGAAGACAACAGAGCCACUCUGGAGUCCUUGAUUCAAGAUAUUGCAACAUUGUCAGUAUCAGAUGUUAAAAUCUCAACUGAGAAGCCAAAGGGAUCUGUCCCCACUCCUGUAACAGCAGACACAGUAGCUUGGAUGAAAUUGCAGGGAUUGGUCAAUCUUAGUAAAUGUCAGGAAAAGAUCCAGAAAAGGAUACAAGAUGCAGAGGAGAAGCUGAAGGCUCUUCAGGUUGAAAUGGCAAAGCCAGGGUAUGAAAAGGUGCCUGAGGAAGUCCAAGCAAGAAAUAACACAAAAAAGCUGGAUUUGGAAGCAGAACUGGAGCAGAGUAAGGACGCCAUCACCAAGAUAUUAGCCAUGGAAACUGAGUAGCUGAUAAAUACGUUGUUAAUCACUAUUCACCAUUAGUGAUAGUUUUUCAAAAGGAAAGAAAAUGCAAUAAAGAAAAGUCUGUACAUAAAGAUGAGUAGGUAACGUGCCUAUUUUCUCCGACAACUACAUACAUGAUGUAUUGUGAGUUCUGUACAGAGAUUAUAUUUAUAAUUAUUGCACUUAAGUCCUGACCCAGUGAUUAUUAAUAAAUUUUUAUUGUAUGA